GGAAAAAAAAACCCUUAGAAAGAACCGUGGCUUAGGUGUGAGCGGCUACACGCAAGAACGUUGCCGCGAACGUUGGCAUUCCAGCUCCCGAGUGUCGUUCGUUGAUCUGCGCAAAUGCUCAUUAUUCUGUGAUCAAAGGGAAAGCCCUGCAGCUUCGAAACUGCACAAGCGACUUCAGAUCAAGCAGAGAAAGAUAAAGGGGACAAACCCCCGAUUCAGCGGACGACGAGAGAGAGAGAGAGAGAGAGAUGGCGACGGAUGCGGGGUGCUGUGAGACGAAGUUCUGGGUGUAUGUGGUGAUAAUCAUAGGGCUGGUGGGCUUUGCCGGCCUCAUGGCUGGUCUCACUCUGGGUCUCAUGUCACUCGGCCUCGUCGACCUCGAAGUCCUCAUCAAGUCCGGCCGCCCCCAGGAUCGCAUCCACGCCUCUAAAAUAUUCCCAGUAGUGAAGAAUCAGCAUCUCCUGCUAUGUACCCUUUUGAUUGGCAACUCUUUGGCAAUGGAGUCUCUUCCCAUAUUCUUGGACAAGCUGGUUCCUCCAUGGGCUGCAAUUCUCAUAUCAGUAACUCUCAUCCUCAUGUUUGGAGAGAUAUUGCCACAAGCAGUCUGCACUCGCUAUGGCAUGACUGUUGGAGCCGCAAUGGCACCCCUGGUCCGUGUUCUUCUUAUGAUGUUCUUCCCAAUUGCUUAUCCAAUUAGCAAGGUUCUGGAUUGGAUGUUGGGCAAGGGACAUGCUGUUCUUUUACGAAGAGCAGAGCUUAAGACGUUUGUGAAUUUUCAUGGCAAUGAGGCUGGGAAAGGUGGGGACUUAACACAUGAUGAAACUACCAUCAUUGCUGGAGCCCUAGAAUUGACUGAAAAGACUGCGAAAGACGCCAUGACACCCAUAUCAAAGGCAUUUUCCCUUGAUCUGGAUGCAGCUCUUAAUUUGGAGACUUUGAAUGCUAUAAUGACAAUGGGUCAUAGUAGAGUUCCUGUUUAUUCUGGCAAUCCAACAAAUAUAAUUGGACUUAUCCUGGUUAAGAAUCUCUUAGCAGUUGAUCCAGAUGAUGCGGUUCCUUUGAGAAAGAUGAUCAUUAGAAAAAUUCCUCGGGUUUCAGAAAACAUGCCUCUUUAUGAUAUUCUAAAUGAAUUUCAGAAAGGCCAUAGUCACAUUGCUGUUGUAUUUAAGGACCUGAAUGAAAUGGAAGGGACCCCGAAGAAAACCAAAGGGGGUGAACAGCUUGAGACUAGGCAUAACUCUAGUAGACACAGGGCCAAGCCCAAGGCAGUAAUGAAAAAAGAACAUGAUGAAGUGAGCUCUACUGCUAUAGCUCAGAAUUUGGGGUUUAAAUUGGAGUCAUCUGAUGUUCUUGCCACUGUAAUUAAAAGUGAUGGAGAUCAGCAGAUUAAGAAAAACCCUUCUGCCAUUCCUCCCUUCAAGAAGCGACACAGAGGGUGUUCAUUCUGCAUUUUAGACAUUGAGAAUGCGCCCCUUCCCAAGUUUCCAUCCAAUGAGGAGGUUGUUGGUGUCAUUACCAUGGAGGACGUCAUUGAAGAACUUCUCCAGGAGGAGAUACUAGACGAGACUGAUGAAUACGUAAAUAUCCACAACAGGAUAAAGGUCAAUAUGCAUGCAUCUCAAGAGAAGGAUCCGAGCUUGCAAAGUCUGCAACCUUCUUCAAAUUUCAGUCUCCAAAAUUAACCACCCAAACAUGCCUCCCUAGUUGACAGCUUCAGGUCUGACACCGAUGCUAUGUAUACCAGCAGGGCAAUCCUUAAGCAGCUCAAGGGCUGGAGUCUUGUUAAGAGAGCACUGAGAAUUGUUCCUGGUAUGAUUGCUGAACCUCGAUAAUUCAUGAAGUGAGCUGGCUAGGAUUAAUUGUUCAAGAGUAUGGAGAAAGUAGCAGCAGCAUACUUAAGCAACCUGCUCCAAAUGAAUGGUAUAACUGUAUUUAUGCAUAGAACGGUUCUUGCUUUGUGCCUACAUUCCUGUUUUAUGCCGACUUCAAUCCACUGUAAAUUGUCAUGGGACAAUAUUGUUGUGAAUCGAGAUGGAAUUUGUUCGUCACCUCAAGAAGUUCAAAGUUUCAUUCGAUUCAAGUCAAGUCAUUUUAUAAACAGAACAGUUGGAUUAUUUGAUAUCAGAUUGCUCAAUUCACAAA